AUGAAAUUCAAGACAAAAAAGCUCCACAAGAUAAGGAUGAUGUUGAUAAACUACUUACUAUGUUUUACGGAAGAGCAGGUGCAAGAUGAUAGAUACAAGUUCUUGUUGUCAACAAGAAAUAGAGAAGUUCUCUGUGGGAUUACGAACGAGAGACCUCAAGAAUCAGGGACCACAUGGAGCACGCUUUAGGUUUAUGGAUUUGGGAAUUGGAGGCAAAGAUAUAGCAGCUGCUAAAAGAGCGCCUGUUUGAAAGAACGCCUCUUGUUAUAAUGAAACUGAGC